AUGUCGAACAACAGCGUAAAAAUUCCCGCUUUCCCAUGCAAGCCGUCUGGCCAAGGCCAUUACACUGUUUGGAGGGACCUCGCUUGUCGAAUAUUAAAAGUUUACGAUUUGUGGAAUCUAGUCGAUGGUACGAGUAAGCUUCCUGCGUUCACCACUACAGUUACAGAGGCACCACCUGCAGAACAACCAGCAGAAGGUGCAGCAGCAGCAACACCAGCAGAAGAAGACGAAGAAGAAACUACAGACAAUGCCGAAGAAAUCAGUGAAUGGGACAAGAAAGAUAACCUCGCUGUCGUCUUCCUUCAAUCCAAUAUCGAAUUUGAAGUCAUUCUCAUGCUCACUCCGGCUGAUACCGCUCACCACCUCUGGACUCAACUCGAGGACAGAUUUGACCGGAAAACUGUAUCUUCCCUCCACUCGCUUCUUGCCAACGUUGUAACCCUACAGUAUACGCCUGACAAAGGCAUCAAGGAACAUCUAACCCAGUUCAAUACUCUUUGGUCAUCACUCCUCACUAGAACUAGUAACUCUACGGACAAAACCAAAGACCCACUCGGUUACCAUCUCCACCAACUCGCAUCAGUCUCAGAAGUGAAGGCAUCCUUCCUACUACCCUCACUCUGGUACGAAUCCCUCGAAUCAGUCGUCGACAACCUGCAAACCAAGCCCAACGUCACUUUUGAUGAUGUCUAUGAAAAGCUGUUGGAUCUGGACUCACGGCGCAACAACGAUGGACAAGCAACUGGAGAAGCCUACAACAUCAGGUGA